AUGUCUGUUAAAAGGGAGCCAUCCAGCGGCUACUUACAUCAUUUCACAACCUAUGACUAUAUCUCUCCACUGAAGCUGAACCUAGCCAACAAACAUGUUCUCAUCACUGGCGCAGCUUGGGAGGACGGAGUCGGAUAUGCCACAGCCACAGCUUUUGCGCGUGCGGGAGCAUCUGCGAUCGCAGUGGCUGACCUACACGGUGUGUCUGACGAUCUCGUCGCAAGGUUGAGGGCGGCUGCGACGCAAGCCGGACGCCCUGAGCCUCUGGUGCUGGGCUGUACGGUCGACAUCGCCAGCAAAGACAGCGUCCAGGCAUUGUAUGACGUAGUGUCACAGGGGUUUGGCCAGCAUCUGGACAUUGUCGUGAACAAUGCAGCCUACAUGGAACCAACCAAGCCGCUCCUCGACUUGGACCCAGACGAGGCCUGGCGACCAUGGGAAGUCAACGUCCGCGGACUCUUGAACGUGACUCGCGCGUUCCUCCCCUUGCAGCUCUCAACCCGUGCGAGUGCCAACGGCUCAUGUACAAUCAUCAACGUGGCCUCUUCAGGCGCGCUGAGCGCUCGUCCCGGGAGCGGGAGUUAUCGGAGUUCGAAGCUUGCGGUUUUGAGAUGGACCGAGACCUUGCAACUAGAAUAUGGUGAUCAAGGACUAUGGACGUUUUGUGUCAACCCAGGUGCAAUCAAGACGAAGAUUACUGAGAACGCGCCCGCGCAGGUGCGAGAUGCAUUGCCUGAUCGUCCGGACAUAGCUGGAGAUACAAUUGCAUGGCUGGCUGCUGAGCGCCGGGAGUGGCUGGGUGGUAGAUAUGUGAGUUGUCCGUGGGACAUGGAGGAACUCAUGAAUAAGAAGGACGAAAUUGUAGAGAAAGAUGGGCUGAAGAUGAGGAUAGUUUUUUAA